UCUCUCCCUCUCUCUUUGUCUUUUUUUCUCUUGUCAUCACUCCAGCUCUCCCAUUUCAACCCAUUCCUAUCUUCUAUGCAGCAUAAAGAAUAAAAAGGAGAGAUAUCCACAUUACACUGACAUAGAUCCAGAGCCAUCAUGCCGCGCUGCAAAGUUAACCUCAGCACCAUGAUUUUCCUGGUGAUCCUGCAGGGUGCAGCGGUGGUCCUCUUUUGUGGCUGGUACAUGGAGCUGAGUCCCUGCAGCCCUGCGCCUUCAAAUGGCAAAGUUCACGUUCUUCUGCUGUCGUCAUGGCGAUCAGGCUCAUCCUUCCUCGGUCAGGUGUUCAGCCAACACCCAUCAGUGUACUACCUCAUGGAGCCCGCUUGGCAUGUGUGGACCAGACUACAGAAACCGGGUGCACGGUUGCUUCGGAUGGCCGUAAGAGAUUUGUUACGGAGCGUCUUCCAGUGUGACCUCUCUGUGAUGGAGGCCUAUCUGCCAGAGAAUCACAAUGUGUCCACCUUGUUUAUGUGGUCUCACAGCCGAGCCCUGUGCUCGCCACCGGCCUGUCCUCUCACGCCACGUACCGAGUUCAGCAACCAGACUUGGUGCAAGCAGGCGUGUGAUGCCCGGGGCCUCCAAUGGGCGCAGGACGCCUGUAGCACUUACAGCCACGUGGUGUUAAAAGAAGUGAGGUUCUUUGAACUGGAAUCCCUCUACCCACUCUUGCAGGACCCAAGCCUGGAUCUCCGCAUCAUCCACCUGGUCCGAGACCCCCGUGCAGUUUUGAAGUCUAGAGAGGAAGCAGCCAAAGCCCUCAUGAGAGAUAAUGCUGUUGUGUUAGAGCAAAGAACCAUACCAGCAGCGGAGGUGCAGUAUCAAGUCAUGCAGGAGAUCUGCCGCAGCCAUGUGCGUAUCAACGAGAGAGCCAUCCUGAAGCCCCCCCCUUUUCUUGAAGGUCGCUACAAAAUGGUCCGCUAUGAAGAUAUUGCCCGCAACCCACUCAAGGAGAUAAAUGCCAUUUAUGAGUUUGUAGGUCUGGAGAUGACUAAAGAGUUGGAGGAGUGGAUCUUUCGUGUGACACACGGAAAAGGCAAAGGCACCAAGAAAGAGGCUUUCAAAAUUACAUCAAGAAAUGCUGCUGAUGUCGCCCAGGCUUGGCGUAGCAUACUCCCGCACAACAAAGUCAAACGAGUCCAGGAGGUGUGUAAAGGAGCCAUGUCACUGCUCGGGUACAGAACAGUUUACAGUGAGAAAGAACAGAAGAGCCUGGACAUAGACCUUCUCGUGCCACAAGAACCAUACCAGUUCAGCUGGCCGCCAACUAAAACAGAGCAUCCAGGAACCAGUUAAAAAAAGAAUGACAAAGACAUUAACACAACAUUAAGAGACGAUAUUAGAGGGAAGUCUUUGUUCUUAAAGAGUGUUGAGGGUCAUAGAAACAUGGGCGUAAAGUAAAAUUGAGUUGUGACAAAUAUGAGGCCUUACCUGAUUCUGAUUUUCAUCAGUCAAAUCUGAUUCGCUGGUUGCUAUAAAACUUUAAAAGAGCCCAUAUUAUGCCCUUUUUGGGGUUCAUAUAUUUAAUCUAUGUACCUACUAAAG